UGCAGGGUCGAAUAUUUAUGAACAACCUCUUCGGGAAACAAAAAAGCGAAGGCCCAGAAAGAUGUCCUUGUUCCUGCGGCCUCCCCAACAGGAAGAUGCGCCUGGUGGGGGGGAGCUGGUCCGAGAUCAACGAGUACCCUUGGAUGGUGGCGCUGAUGUACAAGGGCCACUUCUACUGCGGUGGCACUCUUAUCAGUGACAGAUACGUGCUUACUGCCGCGCAUUGCAUCGAGGGCGUGAACGUCAACAACCUGCGCGUGAUGGUGGGCGACCACGUGCGCAGUUUCCCGAUCGAGACGAAGAGCCGCGACUACCAGGCCGUCUACUCCGUCUACCACCACGAGUUCAACCGGUCCACUUACAACCACGACAUCGGCCUGGUCAAGCUGGGCCAGAGAGUGGAGUACAAGUGGUACUCGAGGCCCGCCUGUCUGCCGCAACCCA